UAUAUUUAGCCCUCCAGCGACCAGUUCUAACAUCACCCUCCGUUUUCGUCUCUUCGCUUUGCUAUUUGAUUUUGAUUCUCUGUUUCAUUCUGGUGUAUUCAUUUUUUGGUAAAAAGAAGGCGAGAUUGUUGGUGCCAUCUGAAGAAGAAAAAGAAGAAGAAUCUAAUCCAGAGGCAAAAGCAACCAUGCUAGGAAUUUUCAAGGAGAGUUUGGUGAACCCACCACAGGAGCUGAAAAGCCCUGCUUCUGUGAAUUCAGCCACAAAGCCCAAGCUUCCUCAUGACAUCUUGAAUCAUUUCAUUUCCUCCAACCCCACCUCUGCUUUCUACAUGAGCUUUGGGAUGGAUGCCUUGUUUGCUUAUUCCCCUUCCACUCCAAACAGGAUGUUCUGUGGUUUGGAUGACAUAUACUGUACUUUCUUGGGGAGUUUGAACAAUUUGAGCAGCCUCAUCAAGCAGUAUGGCCUAUCAAAGGGAACCAACGAGGCCAUGUUCAUCAUAGAAGCUUACAGGACACUGCGUGACAGAGGUCCAUACCCAGCUGAUCAAGUUCUGAAAGAGCUUGAAGGAAAUUUUGGAUUUGUGAUCUAUGAUCACAAAGAAAAAGCACUUUUUGCUGCCCUGGGUUCCAAUGAACAGAUCGGACUCUUCUGGGGUUUUGCAGCGGAUGGCUCUGUAGUUAUUUCUGAAGACUUGGAUCUAAUCAAAGCAAGUUGUGCUAAAUCUUAUGCCCCAUUCCCCACUGGGUGCUUGUUUCACAGUGAUCAUGGUCUGAGAAGCUUUGAGCAUCCUAGAAUGAAGAUGAAGGCAAUGCCUAGGAUUGAUAGUGAAGGGAUAAUGUGUGGGGCCAACUUCAAUGUUGAUUCGCAGUCAAGGGUCCCUAUGAUGCCUCGUGUUGGAAGUGAAGCCAAUUGGGCAGCUUGGGGUUCACAAGCCUGAUUCAUUUAACUUUCACUUUGCUAUCCAUGAUCCCAAUUAGAAUAAGAGAAAAAGAAAGUAAAAGCCCAUUUGGGACAUCUGAUUUGAUUUCACUAGAUUUGUCUUAAAUUUUCUGGAUGUAUAUAUAUUCAUGCUUCUUAAUGUUAUCUGACUUUAUCCUUCGCUACAUCAAUGUAAUAAAAUUUCAACUUUGAAUUUUUUUUAUUUUUAA